UUGUGCCGUCGUCGCGCCCCGCUAGCCGAGCUGUAGCCAACUACACUAAACGUGCGUUGGCGGCGGCGCGGUGCAUGUGUCGCAGCAGCGUGCUCGGAUCGACAGCUGCGCAUCCCGCGCCCAGCAGGCACCUUCAAACCGGCGGGCGCGGCGGUGCGUCGACCACCGGCGUCUUGACGUCGUUCCAAAAGUCUUCGAGGUCCCCCACCACACGCAACGCAGCUGCACCGCCUGCCUCCGGUAGGUUGGGCUCCGCCGCAAAGCUACCGAGGAGCUUCAUCACGUUGAAGGGGGUCCACAGCCACUAUGGCGGAAGCACAUCAGGCUGUGGCCUUCAGCUUCACAGUGACCCACGAAGGUGUCAACAUCAACUAUGACCGUGAAGUGCUAUUGCUCGUGUGGCAGAGCGGCUUGCGCUCGUGGAAGAAGCGUGUGGCUCGCUUUUUGACCAACCUCUACAACGGCGUGUACCCGUCCUCCUACCGGAGCCUGUACCUCUUGCUCUCCAUAGUGACUGGCUUCUCGCUGCUUGAACGCGAUGGCGGGUUCACUCUGCGACUGGCGUCGGUCAUAUCCAGCCAGAAGACUGCGGCGGGUGCGUCGACGGCCCUUCUGCCGCGGUUGGCGGCGAGUGGAGUGACCAGCGUGGUGCUUUGGGUUCUUUGGAGCCUUGCACAGAGAUAUGCUCUCAAAGCACUGUUCCUCUACAAGGGAUGGAUGUACGAGAGCAGAGGCAGUGGCAGCAAGGUGUCCUUGCCAACACAGCUAUGGUUCUGUGCUGUCAAGUUGCUCAAGGGCCGGGAUCCACUGUUGUUCAGCUACCAGUCGACACUGCCCAAGCUACCACUGCCAUCGCUGGACGACACCAUGCACCGCUACCUGAAGUCUGUGAAGCCGCUGCUCGACGAGGCGAACUACGAGCGCAUGGAGGCACUGGCGGCCGAGUUCCGCAGCGGUAUUGCCAUCAAGUUGCAGAGAUACCUGUGGCUAAAGUCCUGGUGGGCGACCAACUACGUGUCGGACUGGUGGGAAGAGUAUGUGUACCUGCGAGGCCGCAGCCCCAUCAUGGUCAACUCCAACUUCUAUGCUAUCGACGCCAUCAUGGUGAAGAUGAACUCGAACCAGGCUGCCCGGGCGGCGAACCUGGUGUAUGCCUCGAUGCUCUUCCGCCGCGGCAUCGACACCCAGCAGAUGAGCCCCAUCAUGGUGCAGGGGAUCGUGCCCCUGUGCUCCCGGCAGUACGAGCGACAGUUCAACACCACUCGGGUCCCAGGUGUGGAGACCGACAGGCUGGUCCACUACCAGGACUCCCAGCACGUGGCGGUCUACCAUCGGGGCCGAUUCUUCAAGCUGUUCGUGUACCACAAGCACCGGCUGCUGCAGCCCUGCGACCUCCAGCGGCAGAUCCAGCGCAUCCUGGACCACACGGGCGAGCCACAGCCGGGAGAGACCCACCUGGGCGUCCUGACGGCCGGCGAACGGAGCCAGUGGGCGCACCUCCGCGAGACACACUUCCGCAAGGGCCUCAACCGCAUCUCGCUCGACGCCAUCGAGAAGGCUGCAUUCGUGCUCGUGCUCGACGAAGAUGAGUACCGGUACGACCCGAGCAAUCCAAACGAGUUGAACCGCUAUGCACGCGCCUUGCUCCACGGCCGCGGGUACGACCGCUGGUUUGACAAGUCCUUCAACCUCAUAGUGGGCAGCAAUGGACGGGUGGGCUUCAACGCGGAGCACUCCUGGGCCGAUGCUCCCAUCAUGGGCCACUACUGGGAGUACGUGCUGGCCCAGGACUUUUUCAUCCUCAAAUAUGAUGAAAACGGCAACACCAGGGGUCACUCUAGCCUAGAGCUGCCUGCUCCCAUACGGCUACGAUGGGACUUGUCUCAAGAUCUGAUUGAAAAGAUAGAGGAGGGUCUGCUGUGUGCACAAACGUUGCUCGAUGAUGUUGAUCUUCACCUGCUGACGCACACCGCCUACGGGAAGGGCUUCAUGAAGAGGUGCCGAUGCAGUCCCGAUGCCUACCUCCAGAUGGCACUGCAGCUCGCCUACUACAGAGAUGCCGGGCGCUUCAGCCUGACGUACGAGGCGUCGAUGACGCGGUUGUUCCGUGAGGGCCGGACGGAGACGGUGCGGCCGGUGACGUGCGAGUCUCGGGCCUGGGUGCUGGCCAUGCAGGACCCAAAUGCCACACUGCAGGAGAAGCGGGACAAGCUCGGAAUUGCUUGCAAGCGGCACCAAAAAGGAUACCAAGACGCCAUGUGCGGCAAGGGCAUCGAUCGGCACCUGUUCUGCCUGUACGUGGUCUCCAAGUACCUGGAGGUGGACUCUCCGUUCCUCCGCGAGGUGCUCAGCGAGCCCUGGCGCCUGUCCACUAGCCAGACGCCUCACAACCAGACAAGCUUGCUUGACCUCAGCAAGUUUCCAGACUUCAUCUCGGCUGGUGGUGGCUUCGGCCCUGUGGCCGACGAUGGCUACGGUGUCUCGUACCUUAUUGCCGGAGAAGACCACCUCUUCUUUCAUGUGUCCAGCAAGCGCUCCUCGCCAGAGACUGACUCGCUCCGGUUCGCCAACCACAUUGAGCAGUCACUCAAGGACAUGAAAGCCCUUUUUGACUGAUAGCGCGCUUGUACCGCACAGAAGCCAGCCAAGCCCAGUGGGGAGGGCCUUCCUCGUCUUUGAGUGUGGCCUACAGCCCCCAUUUUCCCUCCAGCCCUAUCAAUGCAACUGCGGCAGACGCUUGUUAGUCCGCAGCAACCCUUUUUAACUCGCGAGUUUUACUAAAAAAAAAAAUGUGUUGCCUGCAAGCACAUAGCAACAGACUGAUGGCCAAGCUGCUGCGAGCCAAGAGAGUUUUGAGAUGUGCACUUGCAGUGUGCAGCUGGUUGUGAGAGGGAGUGUGAGAUGUGAGAGAGUGCAGUGAAUAGGCAUGUGUGGAUCUCACUGCCAACAAGUUUUACUUUCUCGCCUCUGGCCCGUCUUCAGUGUGAUGUGCCUCCCAAGGAGCAGUUGCAAGAAAUGGGGAGGGGGCACAUAUGUCUUGCAACAUCUGGGGUAGAGAGCAGCAAUACAUUGUUGGUGCGUUGUGGCAUGUGUGUCCUUUCAGAGCAGUGUUUUAUUUACAUGUGGGGACUAUGUUUUGUUGUAUGACCAUGGGGUACAAAAUAAAGCAAUGCAAAACUUGC